AUGAUUCACGGCAAUGCUGCGCCCAUCAGCCGUGCGUUUACAAUUCAUUUCAAAGGGGAGCUGUUCCGUGCCCUAAUCGACUGUCGCACGGCGCUCACGCUUCGUGAUUUGAUUGCCGUGGCUGUUCCGAAUCCCUCCGGCUCUAACUCUUCCUCCACAACAACUGGGGAUUUCUCAACUGAUUGGGUUGAUAACUGCAUUUGUGCCUUUGGUGGGCAGCGACUUUCCCUCGACACACUAACGGAGUCAGCGCCACUGGUAUUGGAUGUUUCGUGGUCGGAAAGCGCGCGGGGCGGAACCAGGAAAAGGAUGAGACGCGACUUCAUUUCUUUUAAGGAGGAGGAUCGAAAUCUUUUACCAUGUAAAGUGUCGCAGGAAGAGAUUGGUUACAGCGGUCGAAAGAGUGGAAGCAAAGAAAUUAAGAACAAUAUUGACGAUAAGUACAGCGUUUUUGAUGCUAAAAGUGGUGUAGUGCUCUCCUUUGAUUCAAGUAGUCGUUAUGGUGUCGAAGGGAAGUUUAGCGCAGAUGAUAAUAACAGUAAUGAUAAUAGCUGCAGCAGCGAUGAUGGAGAGGAUGAUGACUGCAUUAACAGUGAGGGUCGCACCCCUUGCGAAGAUUAUGACGACCGCCAGUACGAGGCUAUUUUGCCAGUUGUUGUGGGUGGGGUUGUGAGGUUGGUAAACAUGGAAAGCCGUGACAAGAGUCACGAGUGGACUGUGUAUGUACGGGGUUUGUUUAAUGAGUCGAAGUACCUUGCUGACUGCAUUGAGUCUGUUCGUUUUUUCCUCGAUGCAUCUUUCACCCCAUCAGAACGCCUGGUGACGUCUCCCCCGUUCGAGUUAACUGAAGUCGGCUGGGGAGAGUUCAUCGUCAAGGUUUCAAUACAACUGCGGCAUUACCCGCGUCCAAUUCAGAUUGAUUUAUCAUCCUCGAGCGCUUCACCUGUAACAUCUGGGGUUGUGAAGUCACCGUCGCUCCUGCCACUGUUACCGACUUCUGCUGAAACCCUGUCCGAUGUGAAGGUGGCAUCCGCAAUUUUGUCACCAUCGACGGCCGAUGGUCCUUUGAUUGGGUUAACAAAUGGUCCCGCUUUGUCCCCUUUGAUUAGUGUGCUCAGUCGGCAUCAUUACCAUGGUUGUGCCAGUGAUAGUGUUGGCCACACGAUAGUAAAGAAAGAGGAGGAGGAGGAGGGUGAUGAUCAAUGCACAAAAUGCGACGCAAAGAGAAAUGUGUUUGGCAGCACGGAGAAAGCUGAGGAAGCCGGAAGGCGUGCCCAGAAUAACAAUUGUGUCAAUGUUUUGUUCAAUCCAAAUGCCUCUGUCUCGUCGGAUGUUGAAACACUGGGAACGUGCUCUGGUGUUGUGGUCCUCUCGCACCUGCUGCGGUUUUCACACCGUGUGAAACGCCUUCAUUGUAUUCCCCCCCUGGGACGGCCGUACGAGCCGGAGGAGCACGUGGGAUAUACGCUUGUUCAACAUCCUGUUGUGACGGAACACUAUGAUGAGAUUGUCAUUCCAGACGCCCCGCUGGAGAUUAAAAAGGCACUUGCAUCACUUCCUGAGUUGCUUCAGAAUCGUGUUUCUUCCGUGAAAGGGGUGCGAGCACCCACGACUCAGCAGCAGGGUAACCAUCGUGGCAGCACUACUCUCCACCGAGAUGCAGUUGCCAGCAUCUACGCUGAGGACGGAGUUUCAUGCUGGAAAUACAUCAAACAUGAGGAGUUGGAUGAUAUUGCACUAGCAGAAGCGUAUUUGGAUAACCUCAGCACAUGCCCUAAAUCAUUUUUCCACGUAGAUUCUCAUGUUGUUGAGGCGAAUCAGCCACUAGCACUGCCUCGACCUGGGCGCGGCAGGAGAAAGUUAAUGGGGGCAGAAAUUGACCUCGCGGCUCUAAGAGCAGCGAAGAAAGGGUUAACAGAUGCCAUUGGGCGGAUGCGGCGUGAGGCGGUGUUGCGGCAGGCGGCUCAUAUCUACCAGCAGUACACAUAA